UGAGGCUGCAGUCUCAGAAUUGAGCAAACUUGAUGAUUAUCAGGAAAGAAUGAACAAGGGAGAACGUCUGAAUCAAGAUCAACUGGAUGCAGUGUCAAAAUACCAGGAAGUGACAAAUAAUCUGGAAUUUGCUAAAGAACUGCAGAGGAGUUUUAUGGCUCUUAGCCAAGACAUCCAGAAAACAAUAAAAAAGACAGCUCGCAGGGAGCAACUGAUGCGAGAAGAAGCUGAGCAGAAGCGUUUAAAGACAGUACUAGAGCUACAGUUUAUUUUGGAGAAGCUGGGCGAUGAUGAAGUGCGCAACGACUUGAAACAAGGUUCAAAUGGAGUACCAGUACUGACAGAGGAGGAGCUGACAAUGCUGGAUGAGUUUUACAAGCUAGUUUAUCCUGAACGAGACAUGAACAUGAGGUUGAAUGAGCAGUACGAGCAAGCAUCUGUUCAUCUGUGGGACUUGCUGGAAGGGAAGGAAAAAACAGUUUGUGGAACAACCUAUAAAGCGCUAAAGGAGAUUGUUGAACGUAUUCUUCAAACUGGUUACUUUGACAGCACCCAUAACCAUCAGAAUGGAUUGUGUGAGGAAGAAGAGGCAACACCCGCACCUGCAGUAGAAGACACUGUAGUAGAAGCUGAACCUGAUCCAGCAGAAGAAUUUACUGAACCAACUGAAGUUGAAUCAACUGAGUAUGUAAACAGACAAUUCAUGGCAGAGACUCAGUUCAGCAGUAGUGAGAAGGAACAGGUAGAUGAGUGGACAGUUGAAACGGUUGAGGUUGUAAAUUCACUGCAGCAACAGACACAAGCUACGUCUCCUCCAGUUCCCGAACCUCACACGCUCACUACUGUGGCUCAAGCAGAUCCUCUUGUUAGAAGACAGCGAGUACAGGACCUUAUGGCGCAGAUGCAGGGCCCAUAUAACUUCAUGCAGGACUCUAUGCUGGAGUUUGAGAACCAAACGCUUGAUCCUGCCAUUGUAUCUGCACAGCCCAUGAAUCCAGCACAGAAUUUGGACAUGCCACAAAUGGUUUGCCCUCCAGUUCAUGCCGAGUCAAGACUCGCCCAGCCUAAUCAGGUUCCUGUGCAACCAGAAGCUACACAGGUUCCCCUGGUUUCUUCUACAAGUGAGGGUUAUACAGCCUCCCAACCCAUGUAUCAGCCUUCUCACACAACAGAGCAACGGCCACAGAAAGAAUCAAUUGACCAGAUUCAGGCUUCAAUGUCACUGAAUGCAGACCAGACCCCAUCAUCGUCAUCACUUCCCACUGUGUCCCAGCCACAGGUGUUCCAGGCUGGAUCUAGCAAACCUUUGCAUAGCAGCGGAAUCAAUGUUAAUGCAGCUCCAUUCCAAUCCAUGCAAACAGUAUUCAACAUGAAUGCACCUGUUCCUCCUGUUAAUGAGCCAGAAACCCUUAAGCAGCAAAAUCAGUACCAGGCCAGUUACAACCAGAGUUUCUCCAAUCAGCCUCACCAAGUAGAACAAUCAGAUCUUCAGCAAGAACAACUCCAGACAGUGGUUGGUACUUACCAUGGUUCCCCGGACCAGACUCAUCAAGUGGCGGGUAACCACCAGCAACCUCCCCAACAGAAUACUGGCUUUCCACGCAACAGUCAGCCUUACUAUAACAGUCGAGGAGUGUCUCGUGGUGGAUCACGUGGGGCUCGUGGCUUAAUGAAUGGUUACAGGGGACCGGCGAAUGGAUUUAGAGGAGGAUAUGAUGGCUACCGUCCUUCCUUUUCCAACACUCCAAACAGUGGUUACACGCAGCCCCAAUUUAAUGCUCCCCGGGAUUAUUCAAACUACCAGCGGGAUGGAUAUCAACAGAAUUUCAAACGUGGCUCUGGACAAAAUGGACCUCGUGGAGCUCCUAGAGGUCGCGGAGGGCCCCCAAGACCAAACAGAGGGAUGCCUCAAAUGAAUGCUCAGCAAGUGAAUUAAGCAAAUUCACAGGAUUACAUUAAACGCCAAAAACACACUGGCCAGUGUACUAUACAUGUUACCAGAAGAGUUAUCAUCUAUUUGUUCUCCCUUACAGGAAGUUUGUUGUAAAGGGACUAUUUUCAUUACCCAUAAUGACAGGACUACAGUUGCCAGCUUUAUAUUACCUGGAUAUGGAAAGGAACGAAACAACGUUUACUCUGCAUGUUCUGUCCUAAGCAUCAUCUUGAGCCUUGCACAUGAGAUUCAGAUUCCUCACCCUUGCUAAGAGUAAAGCAAAAAAGGCAAUUUUCAGGGUGAUCCAAUCUCAAUGGUUAACUGAAGUGGCAGGAAAAAGCAAAGACUCACUUCUAACAUAUAAAAGCGAUGUAACAAAUUUGGAUAAAAUCUGCAAAUUCGUAAAGAUUUACUGUGGUGGCAGUUGACAAAACUUAAUGUUCCCAUGAAAGGAUGGAAAAGGUGAAGUGUGGCUUGAUAGAGCAACUGCAUUUCAGCUUUUUCUUAUUAAAUUGAAGCACUGAACAGUUUAAAGAUGUGUAGUGAUGCAUAUUUCCCUAAAUAGACAAAUAGGCUUAUAGCCAAUUUUUGACAAAGAAGCAGCACCCUUAGCUACAGCACUCCUCAUGACCAGGUCCCUGUUAACUGUGGCUAAGGAUUUAAGAUCGCUUGCAUAACUGCUAAUGUAAUUGUGUAAUUUUUUUUAAAAAAAAAAAAGCAGAAAAAAAAAAGCUUUGAUUUGGCACUUCAACAAAAUUUUGCAACAAAUGUGAGAUAUAACCUGAAUGGCCACUGUAUAUUUGAUGUGAAGUAUUUAGAGAUCUCUUUGAAACACUUUAAGUUUCUUUGAUAGCAAUGACUUUUGUAAGGAUUGGUAUUCUCUAUCAUUCCUUAUGACUUGCACAUUGUCUGUCACUAAUACUUGACCUUGCUGUAUUUUCACCUAAAUAACUGAUGCCGGUACUGAUGGAAAUCUCUUAAUGGAUAAUCAUAACACUUUUGGUCACAUGUCCUUUUGUCUUUCCUGCAGCCUUGAAGGUUUUAAGAAAUCUCAAAUGCCCGCUGCUGCUGCCCUUUUAAUUGCUAUCUUUUGAAAAGCACCAGUAUGUGUUUGAAUUGAUUUCCCCUUUUAAGGGAAAUGACAGCCAGCAGUUACAGUUCUAAUGGUAUAAGCAAGACAAAUAAAACAUGUUUAUAAAAAUUGUAUCCUGGAACACUGGUUUUCAACGACUGAAACAAAUUUAAUGUAACGGGGUGACGUUUCAUAAGGUUGGUUGUUGUUGGUUUGUGGGUUUUUUUUUCCCCUGAUAGAUUCUCUUUUUCCCAAAUAGAUGCAAACCCUCCUCCUGUUUUUCUGAUUUUAUUCCAAUAGCUGUGACUUCUUCUGGGAAACUUUUCUUUUAAUGGACUUUCCUUUUCAUCAAGGCAGCAAUGUAUAAAAGAAAUGGCAUAAGACUAGGAGCUGGAAAAUACCAAGUCUUAUUCAAGUUUUACUGCAUACUUGUGGUAUAAUCUUUGAAAAAUCACUUGUGCCUACCUUUUGCGCACAUGCACUCUCUCUGCAGUGGGGAGAAUAUAUUGAUAGCUGCCUCCAUAGAGGUGUUGGUAGUUCUGUUGUGUUCUAUAGCACGUGCAAGAAGAAAUGUGCUAUAUAUGUUAAGUAUUGCUCAUCAAAGAAUUCCUACCUGUGGAAAGGUGAAAUUAAGGAACAGCUACGCGUUGUUUAACUGUUAUAUACAAAACUGAAGGUUGUUUUCACUUGGAGGGUCAUUUCUACUUUGUAUCACAACUGAACUUUCAGGACUUGUAGUCAGAUAUUUUGACUUCAUUGUGAAAUAAUCUGAAACUCCGUAUGAAUAGGUGGUAAUAUAUAUCACUUCUCCGUGUUCUGCGUGAAGAGCAAAACUGAGAAAUGUUUUUACUGAGAGAAGUGAUAAGCUUGUGAAGAAGAUACUACACACCAGACAUCUUGAGACGAUGCUGAUGGCUAGAAGCAGCAGUUUUAGUCAAGGCUUAGAAACAUUCCGUACCAGUAUAACAAUAUCAACUGCAGUCCAGUGAGAAGUUGCUGUUCUGUCUUUUUUUUUAGGAAGCUAUUACUGAGAUAAUAGUCCCAACUGUUUUUUAACUGGAAAAAAAAAUAAAAAGACAAACCUUUUAAUGUUGAACUGAUGUAGGAAAACGGUGAAUUUUUUUUAAUUACAUUUUUUGUUCAUUGGCUUUCUAAGUGGUUGGUAGAACACAAGCUACUCAGCUUUUUUCAUUGCACACCAAAUGCUUCUUAAAUAGCUAAUUGUAAUUUGACAGUAAACUUGCAGCAUACUGAAUUAAAGACCGCUGAAUGGAUCAGAACAUUCCACUUCAGGUUUGGGGGUUGUUGGGGUUUUUUUAACUUAAAUUUAUUAAUAAAACAUUGGGUAGUUGAGAGGCCUCUUAAUUGAGAUACAACUUUGUAAGCCUUUUCAUGUAUGAAAAUGGUCUUUAGAUUAGCUGCUCUGCUGUAUGCUGAUAGAGGGAGAUGUGUUAUAACAAUAACAACCCUCAAAAAUACAUAAGAUGUGUUUAAUCUGGGAAUUUGCACUGACUCUUGAUCUCAAUACAUCUGUCUAAUAAACAGUAUACUGGAAAAUUGGCUUGAGUCCCAGUAUGGCACAUAGAUCCACUAACUGGUUUUUCUGGCCUGUCCGGGGGAGCUUUUAAGCUCUAGAUCUGAGUUAUGUCCAGAUCACAAGUGCUGCUAGAUAUGUCUUUUGAAAAAGGUUGUAUUUUGAACAAAGGCAGUUGUAAGAGGUGAUUGCGUUGAGGGGAAACAGCGGUAGUCCAGGCUGGUUCUGUCUUGGAGCCCUUUUGGGAUGCCAGGGGGUGAGCUGCAUUUGUUCUGGUUAGGUGCUGCUUUAGGAUUUGCUUGGGCCUGAUGCCUGUGGUUGGAAGCUGCGAGUGAGCCUAACAAAGUGCUACUUCUGAGCCUGUACGUAGACACAUCAGCUGCACUCUUUGGUGGUUUUACUCGAUCUGUUAAUGAGUCUUUUGGGAGCAUAGCAGACUAGUUAUGACUGCUGCCUUGCAUAUGCAGCUACUAUGAGGAGAUAGAGAUUUUUAUUUUGGUAGGGGCUUCAUUAUCUAAUAUUGCUAGGCUGCAAUAAGAUACACAUAUGUGUUUGAGAACAAACUUCUAGCUUCAGCAUCCUGCUUCCAUCAGCUGUAAUACAAGGAUUCUUGAGUAAUUUACAAAAUCACUCAAAUUUCCAGAUGUUUCUACCUAAUGUUACUGUGUCUGGGAAAUUUGGAUCCUUCCUAGACAUCCUACAACUUAAGUACUUUAACUCUGAAAUCAUGAGCUAUUGUCUCAUACUUAAGGUCAAUGUUGUCCUUCGUUUCACUUCGAUGUUCUUCCUGUAUACAGGCUGUCUUUUUAAGAACAGUUCAAUACAACUUGCAGAUACUGCUGUGGAGGGAAUUCUAGACUUCACUCAACCCCUGUUUUCUUUCCAAGAUACUGUCUUUUGUGUAUAGCAAUCUCUAACACAUAACAUCAUUCAGAGUAGUUGGAAGAGUAAUGCUGACUUCUCAUUAACAACCUCUUAAUGUGUUCUGCUGGGACUUCGUAACUCUGAGAACUUUGUGACCUUAAAAAUGUGGCUUCUCAAAAUGUCCUGAUGACUUUUAUUUGUUAGGCAGGCAGAUUCUUUGAUCGAGGUGCAGGUUACCUUGAUACGUGUCUUCGGAGAAUGGACUGAGCUUCCUCCUUUCCCCCACUGACAUUUGAGUAGCUACUUUGGAGAGAGAAAAGUUACUGAGAAGAUAAAUGAUACUGAAAAAAAGCUGCUAAACUUCAUAUGAUUAAAAGCAAACAGGACAAAAUCUUUGUGGUCCAGCAGAAUUAAGAGUCAAAACUGGUCAGAAAACUCUUGACCCUCCUGUUCUUUUUUUUUUUAAGUUCUGGCGUUGCUGAAGCCAAGUAGUUGACUUCAACCUCUUUUUUGCAAGAACUGUUCAUUGUAAAUGCGCAUCUGAGAUAGAAGUGGCUGGGCUUAGCGGACAAAAUUGUGCUGUAUUCUUCAGUUUUCUCCCAUCCCAAGUCUCCUGUAGGAUGCAAAGGGGCAUGAGAACACUGCUCAUUAACCAGCCCCAUUAAUGAGGCUGCCGGUCACCUCUGGAAAAAUAAAGAUCAUCCCUCUUGCUCAUGCAAAACUGUUCUUGAUGAAAGUGUAUGCAAAGUAGCAAAAGAGAUACAUGAAGAUACAAAUUUAUAGCUGGAAUUAGCCUAUGUUUUAGUCUUUCAAAUCUGUGUGCCUGUUCUUACAGUACCCCAUCUGCAUUGAAUAGGGAUAGGACUUGGGGUUUUAAUUGCUUGAGCUGGCACUGAGUGAGUUCUACAGAUGGGGUGGGUAGGUGUUCUUCACCACUGAUGGACUGAGAAAAAUCAGUGCCUCAUCUGAAGAGCAAGCAGGAAAUGAUCCCAAACAAAAUUUUCCUUUUGAACUUACAAGAUUAUUUACUUAGUUAAAUCUGGGCUUAAAUAUGGUUGUUGUCUGGAAAUGUACUGGAAACUCAAACAUUGCAAAAUUGUGUCAUUUCCUUCUAAUUCUGGUUUUCUCUAAAUUAGAAAAGAUU